UUGUCAAGAAAGAAAGUCAUAUCUCAAAAUAUUUCAAUUUUUUUAUUUAUCCGCCGUUUAUCUUGUGUGUAUUCGAUCAAAUUUAAACAUUUGUAAGUGAUAGUCUUGACUAGUUUUUCAGAGACGCUUUUAAGCGUUUUAGUAUAUGCACCAGUUCAAUUUGACGUUGCAUCUUGUUUAUAUUCUAACAGGAAAAUAAACAUGAGCCAAGAACAGCAGGAGGGCAUCCAAGAAAAUGAGGGGGAAGCACCAGCUUCUCCCCAAGAAUUGGAGAAAAUGGAAGAGGCUAAACUUAAGGCAAAGUAUCCUGUUAUGACUGGUAGUGGGCUUGGGCGAGGAGGCCAUUCAGCCUUUUUACAGAAGAGAUUAGCCAAAGGUCAGAAAUUCUUUGAUUCUGGAGACUACCAAAUGGCCAAACAGAAAAUGGGUGGAAUUAAUAAACCACCCUUGAAAGUACCCAUUUUCCAGACAGGCGAAGCCAUUCCUACCCCAGAAACUGUUCCGAUAAGAAAAACUUCACUUGCGCAACCAUCAAAGCUAGCUACUAGCACUAGUAGCAUUACUAUGGCCACCACACCAACUGGACAUGGACCCAAUAUAAGUUAAAUCUGCACCAUCAAAGUGUUGUGAUCAGUAACCGGUGUUUUUUAAGUAGAUACAAGACUUUUUAUGGAGGAAAUAAUAUUUUCUUUUUGGGUUAGGAGUGAGUUUUGUUAUAAAUAUUUAAGUUGUAGUUUUUAUAAUAGCGAUACCGUAAUUUAAAUUCCAGUAGCGUAUUGGACCUGCGCUCGUUUAAUGAUUACGUUCUGAUAAUUAAAUUUAGUAUUAAGUUCUGUUUGUAUAAAUAGAUGGAAGUUAUUGUUU